UGAGGUCAUCGGAGUAAACAGAAAAGAUGGCGACGCCAUACACGGUAGAUCGUGUUUUAGGGACAAACGCGGUUAUUUCAGAGAGUUUCGCCAAGCAGUUAACCGAUUUGCCAGCGGAAUUAUUAGAGCAUAUAUUGUGCUUCCCCGUUCUAAACCAUAUCGACAUUUGCAACGUUUCCUGCACGUGCAAGAGGCUGCAUGACGUGUGCCAUGGCAGGGGAAAGGUCUGGGCGCAUCAGUACAAGCUCAGGUGGCCCAGGCUGCAGAGAUUUUAUCAGCAGAAUGAGUCAUACGACUGGCUGAAAGAAUUCAAAACCCGGCACAUGGUUGGUCAACAGAUAAGAAGAACAGUGGAGUCUAUUUCCAAGAGGUUCUUCACAGAAGUUCCUUGCGUUGGUCAGGUUCUUGGAGACAGCUUUGCCGAAAUCGAGUCUCUUGGUGCUCCAGAACACUUCUGUGAGGAUGAACUGCUUGGCAUUUUGAACUCGGACAAAAGGAAAUGUUUGACACUUAAGUACUAUGCAAAGAAAAUCCUGUACUUCCUCCGGCAGCAGAACAUUUUGAGGAAUUUGAAGGUUUUCCUUGAGCGACCACCAGAACAGCAAUCAGCCCUUGAAGGCGCGGUUUUGGUUGAUCAGUAUUGCAACCCUCUGGCUGAAAUCACUCUUGAGAGCAUAUCUGCGCAGAUAGAAGAAAUUACAGACAAGGUGAAGAAGUAUCUGCGAGUGAAAAAUGCCACUCACCCAAGUCUACGAGCCAGUCAAGGUGACUGCUUUGUUCUGGAAAACCUGGAGUUUCAAAGGCAAGUCAUAUGUGCUCUGAAUGCUGUGCUGUAUGACCAGCUACAGUACAAGGGCAAUGAGCGUGACUACUACAAUCCACUCAACUCAUACAUACAUCAGGUGAUGCUCCGUCGGACAGGCAUUCCCAUCAGCCUCUCUGUGCUUUACAUGACUCUGGCCAGGAAGUUAGGAGUUCCUCUGGAGCCUGUCAACUUCCCCAACCAUUUCCUGCUCCGCUGGUGCCAAAAUCAAAGGAGGAGUGAUGACAUCUACGACUAUGUAUACAUUGACACGUUUGGGAAAGGAAAGCAGCUGGCUGCUAAAGAGUGUGAGAAUCUGAUCCGACACCAGGUGGGAGCAGAUUACUACAGCGCUAUAAGCACCAGCGAGCUGCUGCUGCGAAUGGUGGGAAAUCUGCUUAACAUUGGCAAAAGAGGGGAAGGGAAUGAGAAAUCAUAUCAGCUCCUGCGGGACUCUCUGGAUCUCUACCUCACUAUUAACCCUGAUAAUGUACAAUAUCUUCUGCUGCAGGCCCGUCUCUACUUCCACCUGGGCAUCUGGCCUGAAAAAGUGUUGGAUAUUCUACAGCAUAUCCAGGCUCUGGACCCGUCUCAACACGGAGCGGUUGGGUAUCUGGUGCAGCAUACGCUCGAACACAUUCAGCAUAAGAGGCAUCCGGUAGAGCCGGAGGUAAAGAGACGCAGCGUGCCUGAGCACAGGGAAGUACAGUACUCUGUAGGUCUCAUCAUGAAACAUAAGAGGUCAGGCUACAACUGCGUUAUCUACGGAUGGGACCCUAAAUGCACCAUGAGUCAGGAGUGGAUUAACACUAUGAGGGUCCAUCAGCUGUCUAAGGGGGCUGAUCAGCCAUUCUACAACGUCCUAGUGCAAGACGGGACAUGUAGAUACGCUGCGCAAGAAAAUCUGGAGCCUCACUCCGCCCCACUGGAGAUCGCUCACCCUGAGGUCGGCCGCUACUUCACUGAGUUCUCUGACACACACUACAUCGCUAAUGAAGAGCUCCAGGCGCGUUACCCAGAGGACAUGUGCAAGACCCACAGGACUGUAGAGGAGCUCUACCACAGUCUCACCCCAAACUCAGGGCAAUCACCGGAGCCCACCGCCAACUUCCAGGAGCACGACUUAUUAGAUCCGUAGACCAGAAUGCCACCUCCUUCCCUUUCUAUCCUCCCCACUUUAGAUGCGUAGUCAUUCACUUUCUCCUCAACUGUUACAACUGACAAGGGACUGAAUUUGAUGUUUGAAGAUCUAGGAAUAGUACACCCAAAAAUAAAAAUUUGCUGAAUGUUUACUUAACCUCAGGCUAUCCAACAUGUAGAUGAGUUUGUUUUUUCAUCAGAAAAGAUUUGGAGAAAUUUAGCAGUACAUCUCUUGCUCACCAGUGGAUCCUCUGCAGUAAUUGGGUGCCGUCAGAAUGAGUCCAAACAGCUGAUAAAAACAUCACAAUAAUCCACAAGUAAUCCACACCACUCCAGUCCAUCUACUAACAUCUUAUGAAAUGAAAAUCUGUGUGUUUGUAAAAAAAAAAAAAAAAAAAAACAAA